AUGGCGAUGCGCUGGCUCUCCGCCCUCAUCUUCUGGCUGCAGACUCUUCUCUUCGGCCAACAAGUCCUCGCCAGCAUCGCCAGUCUCCCCUCCUACCCUCUCGCCGUCAAGUCACCCUACCUCUCGACCUGGCUUCCCAGCACAGGCAUUCAAGAUGUAGCGAAUGCGCAACCCGAGUUCUGGACUGGACAACAGAUCAACUGGCCAGUGUUGGCCCGUGUCGAUGGCAAAGCGUAUGCGCUGCUGAACUCGCCAGCAGAGGUCUCAGGUACGGUGACAGCUGCGAAGACGCUGGAAGUGCGCUAUAGCUCGACGCACACGUGGAUUACAUUGGGAGCUGGAGAGGUGAAAUUCACGCUGGACUUUUUCUCACCAGUGUAUCCUCGAGAUCUGCAGUUGCAGUCUCUGCCGUAUUCUUAUCUGACGGUGCAGGUGGACACGGAUCAACCGAGGGAUAUUGAGGUCUUCAGCGCGAUCGAUCAGACUUGGACACAGCAGAAUGGGAGCUCGAGUAUCAAUUACACGACUACGGACUCGAAUGGGUACUUCCGCUUUUUCAACAAGAACCAGACGCCAUUCCAAGAAGUCGACGACAUGGCUGCAUGGGGGUCUGUCAUUUUCGGCACGACGAAUGAAGAGAAUGUCACCCAUGCUUCUGGCCCUGCGCGAGAUGUCCUCUCCACAUUCAUCGACAACGGAGAUCUUGCUCAAAUGCCAAGUGAUGAAUUGGGAUCCAAUAUCGCCGGUCUUGCAAAAUCUCUAGGUCGAGUUGGUAGUGAGGGCGCAGCCGUUACUUUUGGUGUUGGGUUUCAACGAGACUUGGCGAUCGAGUACUUGGGCGAGGUCCAGACUGGGUACCAUCGAACUAUGUGGCUAGAGAUUACAGAGGCAUUCGAGUUCUUCAUGGGGAACUACAAGGAUGCGAACGACUUCUCGGAGAAGUUCGAUCGUCAAGUGCGCACCAAGGCAGAGUCCAUGUCUGAUGACUGGGGAAGUCAGUAUGCUGAUAUCUGCGAGGCGAGCGUGAGGCAGUGCCUUGCAGCGUAUGAGCUGACGGUCCCAAUCAACAACCUCACAGCGGAGCCGUGGGCUUUUCUGAAAGAGAUCUCGAGUGAUGGCAACAUCAAUACCAUUGAUCUCAUUUUCCAGACCUGGCCGAUCUUCGUGUCGUUGAAUCCCGAAUGGAUCAAGCUGCAACUUUUGCCGGUCCUGAACUACCACGCUUCAGGGCGGUGGCCGAAGGAAUACACCAUCCACGAUAUUGGCACUAACUAUCCCUACGCCACUGGUCACGACGACGGCGUCGAAGAAGACAUGCCUUUGUUCGAAACCUCCUCAAUCCUCAUCCUCCUCCACGCCUACGAACAACUCUCCAACUCCUCCUCCCUCACCGACCGCUACGCCUCCCUCCUCCCCGGCUGGGCGGACUACCUCGUCUCCAACGCCCUCUACCCCUCCACUCAACUCUCCAGCGUCGACGUAAUCUUCCCCUCCGCCAACCAAACCGGUCUCGCCAUACAAUCCACCAUCGCUUUGCAGGCCGCCGCUCGCCUCCUCAACAACGAGACAUACUCAUCAGCUGCAAAGUCCUUCUCCAAGACUCUAUACGACCACGGACUAGGCCUCAACACCGACCACCCAACCCCCUCCUCCUACUUCACAUACAACUACGCCCACCCCACCUCCUGGUCCGUCCUCUUCCCCGCCUUCUCCGACAUCCUGCUCAACCUCUCCACCUUCCUCACCUCCGCUUACUUCCAUCAAACCCAACUGUACCUGAACCAACUCGACCUCACCCCCGCCGGCCUGCCUUUCGCCCACGCUCCGGCCGCAAAUGUGACUGGCGUCUCCUGGGCGCUGACGGAUUGGAAUAUCGUCUACGCCGCUGCUUCGGGGAGUGAGGAGUUGAAGAAGAAGGUGGUGCAAUCAACGUGGGAAUUCAUGACGAAUGGAUUGAAUCGGGUGCCGUUUGGGACGAAGUAUGUGGUGGAGGAGGGGGCGGAGGAAGGGCAGGUGGGGGAGUGGAUUGGGAAUAAGGCGAGGAGUACGGUUGGGGGGCAUUUUGCUAUACUGGCGGUUGAGAGGGGGUGUGGGAGGGGGUGCAGGGGGUGUGAGGUUGAUACAGAAGUGUGA